GCCGCGCGUAGCCAAUCAGAACGCGGCAGCCUGCGGGCGCCUGAGCGUUGCUUGCCGAAGCGUUCCGUCCGCCCAGCGGUAUCCCCGCCUGGGGACCUUCUCCCGUCGCGGGGGGCGGAGCUCCGCCAGGAGGUGUCUGGGUUUACAGCUGUAACAUGGCUAUCACGAUGAAAGAAUGUCUUGAACUUCAGCUGUUGGAAAUGGAAAUGCUCUUUUCAAUGUUUCCUAAUAAAGGAGAAAUAAGCCUUCAGGACAAAAAUGCUCUUACUUAUGUGCAGAUGUAUUUGAAAAAUAUAAAAGAAGGACUGCCACCGCGGAUUGCAUAUUCAAUUUCUGUUGAUAUUGAUGAACCAAAGGUAAAAGUAGACUUGCAUGUAUCCUUGCCUCACAGCUACCCUCAUUCAGCACUGGAACUAUUUGCAAGAUCAGAUGCACUAAACAGACAGAAUCAACUGCAGCUCAAUAAACAUCUCACUUCUCACAUCAGUUCUUUGGAUUCAGGUGAACUGUGUGUAUGUGCAGCUGUGCAGUGGGUACGAGACAACAGUGCAUCUUAUUUCCAAAACAGUGAUGUCUCUUCUGAAACUUCUCCAAAAGAAAAGGCAGUAAAAAUAAUUUUUCAUCGAAUGUGGAUCUAUAGCCAUCAUAUAUAUAGACAGGAACUGAAAAAGAAAAUCUUUGAUUGCGCAAAGCAAUUAAAUUUGACUGGUUUCUGCCUAACAGGGAAACCUGGUAUCAUCUGUGUGGAGGGGCUCAAAGAAAACGCUGAGGAGUUUUGGCAUGUUAUUAGAUAUCCUAACUGGAAACACAUUUCCUGCAAACAUGUUGAGAGUAUGGAAACGGAAGGAAAUGGGGAGAAGCUUCAUCUCUUUCAUACUUUUGAAGAUUUACAAUUCCAGGCACAUGGUGAUUAUGGACUGAGGAAUGACUAUCACAUGGAUCUUGGCCAAUUCUUAGAAUUCCUUAAACAGCAUCAAAGUGAACAUAUUUUUCAAUUAUUAUUUGGUGUUGAAGGCAAACAGUCAGACAAUUAACAAUCAAUUGUAUAGAUAGUUUUAAUUUUGCACAUUACAAAUGAUUUUUUUAAGUUCAUUCAUGGAUAUACUAUAAUUAAAAACUGAGUGAAAUUGGUAUACUGUGCUUAUAGCUAUUAUAAGAAUGGAAACUAUGUAAAGUAAAAUCAUGGUGCAAGGAUAAACCCUUUUGCUUUUGUUUUAAAUACAUCAUAAAUAAGACCCUUUGUUUUCAGUUUAAACCAAUUUUUACUGAAAAAAAUCAUGGGUUUUCAAAAGUAUUAGUUUUUUUUUUCUGAUUUUUGACCUACUUUUGUAUCAUUCAAAUAUAUAAAAAAUAACUUGUUGUAUUAGGAAAAUACAUAUAUCUCAUGCAAUGUAUUGUAUUACAAUAAUACAUUAGUCUGUGUGUAUAUGCAAAGCUGCCUGUUGAAGUAAGGCAAUGUAUUAGUGUAGAAGAUAUACACACAAUAAACAAACAGGCAUGCAUGCAAGCUCUGAAGCGCCUGCGCAUCUGAACGUCCUGAUGAAUCUUAUGCUCACCACGUGCACAUUUCAAGCUGUUAGCAGAUAACGAUUGGAAGAUUUUACUCACUAAAAUUGGAAGAAAACUAAAAUAUGUUUCAGAACACAAGGAAGUAUUCAAAAGUUUAAAAAACCCCAAAACAGCAGAAAAGGGUGAAGCUGAGUGUAUGCGCUGCAAAUGGUGUGGCCCAAUUAUUAAAUGUAAAUAGUUAUAGGCUAAUAGUUCUAAGUCUACAACAGUAAACUGUUUAUUCAAAUGAAAUAUUUUAUUUGGAGUUUAGAGAUAUAUUGUUAAACUCAGAAGUGGCAUUGUGUUUUGAGUGCUGUUUUAGUUCUGCAGCAAACCACACUGAAUUCCGUUCAUCAAAGCAUUAAUUUACUGUAUACUUUUCCCCCUGUCCUUCCAUCCUCUGAAAUAAAUCCUGCUAUUACCCUAAAAAAAUUAAUAGUUUUUUUGCAAUCAUUUUCAUCUGCUUUUGGUAGUUGUAGUAACAAACACAGAAAUUCCUGGGAAAAAUUAAAUAAAAUAAAACCCCAAAACGAAGGGCCUUAAUCAUAAGCUUUUGAGGUUUAAAUAUUUACUUGUGUAAAUGACUGUUAAAUCUACAUCUGAUACCAUACAAUCAACAUUUAUCACCUCUUGGUCCAUGAGGCAGCCUGCAAGGCAGUGGUUGCGAAUUGCACAAUCUCACACUAUAGUAUUCAGAAUUAUGUAGUCUGUCUGGCGCCUCACCCGCAUGACACUUGGUAGUUUCUUCAGGUCUAGGCCUGUAGUAACUUUUUUGUAUGGGCUUGGGUGGGGAAGAGGAGGGUUGAAGGGGCUGCACACUCCAAUUAUUUUGCAUUAACAACAAAAAUAGACUACUCUGCUCCAUGCUUUAGUCUGUGCAGCACCCUGGCCUGCUCUGUAAAGCCUGUAUUAAAACCAUUUUUAAAGUGCAUAAGAAAUGAGCCAACUAACAUUUUAUUUCUUACUAAAACAAAAUUUUGAAAAAAAUACCACCCAUUUAUUCCUUUAUGGCCUAGCCUUUGCUCAAAAACCAUUUAAUUUUAUUGUGUUAUCAAUUUGUCUAUCCUUUCCUUUCCAUCUCCUGUCUUGUUACUCCCCAGUUAUAUUAGCUUUUAGCUGUUCUGGCCAAGGCUUGUGAGAUUCAAAAACCACUCGGAGAACACUUCAGUCUCUUUGGUCACUCGAUUACAGACCUAAAAGUGGCAAUUCUUCAACCAAAAAACUUCAAAAACAGACUUCAAUGAGAGACUGCUGAAUGGGAAUUAAUCUGCAAACUGGAUACAAUUAACUUAGGCUUGAAUAAAGACUGGGAGUGGAUGGGUCAUUACACAAAGUAAAACUAUUUCCCCUUGUUUAUUUCUCCUCCUGUUCUUGUAAAGUGCUGGAAAUGGCCCACCUUGAUUAUCACUACAAAAGGUUUCUCCUCCCCACCCCGCUCGCCUGCUGGUAAAAAGAAAAGGAGGACUUGUAGCAUCGUAGAGACUAACAAAUUUAUUUGAGCAUAAGCUUUUGUGAGCUAUAGCUCACUUCAUGGGAUGCAUGCAGUGCUGGUAAUAGCUCACCUUUCCUGAUCACUCGUGUUACAGUGUGUAUGGUAACACCCAUUGUUUCAUGUUCUCUGUGUAUAUAAAAUCUCCCCACUAUAUUUUCCACUGAAUGCAUCCGAUGAAGUGAGCUGUGGCUCACGAAAGCUUCUGUUCUAAUAAAUUUGUUAGUCUCUAAGGUGCCACAAGUACUCCUUUUGUUUUUACGGAUACAGACUAACACGGCUGCUACUCUAAAACCUGAGAUUUGUAGCUGUACUGUGAGAUGCCUUGCAUUCUUUUGGGUACUGUAAAAAAUAAUAAAUGCAUGGGGCUUGGAUUUGCCUUUUUUCUUUAUCUAUUUAAUACAUACAUGGCUAGUGUAUACUUUAUCAGUUCUUCUCUGCAUUCUGUAGCCAUACCCCUUGGAUCUGUCAUUCUGUCUGUCUCACAAACCAAGGCAGUACCUGGCUAUAGUAGAUUUGUCAGAUGACACACACUGUUGCAGGAAGUGGUGUUAGUGAUUCACUAGAUGGCAGGUUUCAGAGUAGCAGCCGUGUUAGUCUGUAUCCGCAAAAAGAACAGGAGUACUUGUGGCACCUUAGAGACUAACAAAUUUAUUAGA